AUGAAGUCGGGCGGUGCUGGGCCCGCCGCUGAAGGCGAGAGGAGCCGGGGCCGGAGAAGAGGUUGCGAAGGGCCGGUGUCCGCUGCUGGGGGUGGAGGGUGCACAGGAGGAAGCGCUGACCUCUGUCUGUCUCAGGUCGCUGCAGCAGGCCACGUGGAGCUCAGCAUCCCGCCCGUGCGGCGCCUCACAAUUGAGGACUUUGAAAUCGGGCGUCCUCUGGGCAAGGGAAAAUUCGGGAAUGUGUACCUGGCUCGGCUCAAGGAAAGCCAUUUCAUCGUGGCCCUGAAAGUCCUCUUCAAGUCCCAGAUAGAGAAGGAAGGACUGGAGCACCAACUGCGCAGGGAAAUUGAAAUCCAGGCGCAUCUGCAACACCCCAAUAUCCUACGUCUCUACAACUAUUUCCAUGACGCACGCCGCGUGUACCUGAUUCUGGAAUAUGCUCCAAGGGGUGAGCUCUACAAGGAGCUGCAAAAGAGCCACACGUUAGAUGAAAAGCACACAGCCACGAUAAUGGAGGAAUUGGCAGAUGCUCUGAUCUAUUGCCACGAGAAGAAGGUGAUUCACAGGGAUAUUAAACCAGAGAACCUACUGCUGGGGUUCAGGGGUGAGGUGAAGAUUGCAGACUUUGGCUGGUCUGUGCACACCCCAUCUCUGAGGAGAAAGACAAUGUGUGGGACUCUGGACUACUUGCCCCCAGAAAUGAUUGAAAGGAGAACAUACAAUGAGAAGGUUGAUCUGUGGUGCAUUGGAGUGCUGUGCUAUGAGCUGCUGGUGGGAAAUCCACCCUUUGAGAGCCCUUCCCAUAAUGAGACCUACAGACGCAUCCUCAAGGUAGAUGUAAGGUUUCCCCCAUCAUUACCUUUGGGGGCCCAGGACUUGAUCUCCAAGCUUCUCAGAUACCAGCCUUCGGAGCGGCUGCCCUUGGCCCAGAUCCUGGAGCACCCCUGGGUCCGGGCCCACUCUCAGAGGGUGUUGCCUCCGUCUUUUCAGAUGGCUUCUUGAGCCCUGUCUGCACCUGUUUUAUUGUUUUUGUCCAGGGAGCUCCCCUGGCUCUA